AAGAAUUUGAAGUAUAUUUUAUACACUUUAGCUAUUUAUCUAUAAUAAACAGACACUGAAAGUGAGAGCUGUGACUUCCAUUGUUGGGGAGGCGCCGCCAUAAGGAGUGUUGAGACCCAUAAAUAUGCGCCAGUCAGGCCCUAUUGCCCCCAUUGUUACUGAGCUCCCCCCCCCCAGACAUUAUUAUUCCGCCCCCUACUGGAACACCUGUAGUUUUGGGGGCAACUGAUUGCUUCUUAAAGUUAUAUGGAGAAAAAUGUCCCACAUGGAAUGAUUAUUAUAUCCCCCCGUGCUUGUCUGUCUAGAUUAUUGGGGGGCUCAGAGUUAUGUGCUUUGUUCCAUCAAACUCCAUUGGAUUUCACCUUUAGUGGGGAUAUUGGAAUAAGGGCUAUUCAUUCCAAGGUCUUCUAUUUCUCUUCCAUUCGGGUAGGUUUCCAUGAACUGGGAAUAUUCCAAAUAGAGACAGAGAAAGAAGAAAUGGGCUCCAAUGGGGGUUCCCCAGAGCCACAACCAGAAAUGUUACAGAUAAAGAAAGAAGAACCGGACCCUGAGGACCAUCAGACCCCAAUGGAAAGCUUAGCAGCGCCACUUACUGAUGGGGGUUAUUUACAGACAGUGCCCAAAGCUGAAGCAGGUUGUGACAGUGAGAAAUAUCUGCCCCCAGUGAGGAGGGGACUGGGUUCAUUGCCAUCUGCAGGUUCCCCAGAGCCACAGCCAGAAAUAUUACAGAUAAAGAUAAAGGAGGAAGAACCGGACCCUGAGGACCAUCAGACUCCAAUGGAAAUCUUGAAAGUUAAAAUCACUGAAGGGAAUGCUGAUCCAUGUGAUGAGGGGACCUGUGAUGCUGAAACACCCAGAGCUCCGCACGGACCCCAGAGACCCCCAGUGAGAGGAGCCAGUUAUCAGCGCAAUGGGUUGGGUCUGGCCAAGCAGCAGUUACAGGGAGCUGGGAUGGUGUCGGUACGGCCCGGCGUGGGGACUAAUCCAAUGUGUGGGUCCGGCCCCAGGUAUGAGACCCGCGCUGCCAGCUCCAAGUCCCAGGGCUUUAUCUGCAAUAAAUGUGGGAAAAUGUUCUCAUCGAGUCGGGACCUUCUCACCCACCUCUGUGCCCGGACUUCCCACAGGGGCAACAAAGCCACAGAUCUGGGGAGGGAGAGUAAUAAUAAUAAUUAUGAUGUGACCCCCACAGGGGAAUUCUGCUGCAAGGAAUGCGGCAAAAGCUUCUCCUACAAGAUGGGAGUAAUAAAGCAUGCAAAGGUGCACAGCGGGGAGAAACCCUUCCCCUGCCCUGAAUGCGGCAAAUGCUUCACCCUCAAGUGCAACCUGCAGAAACACCUGAAGAUCCACAGUGGGGAGAAACCAUUCACCUGCCCCGAGUGCGGCAAGAGUUUCACUCAGAAGGCGGGGCUUCAGGUGCACCAGAACAUGCACGCCGGGGUGAAACCAUUCAUAUGCACAGAGUGUGGGAGGAGCUUCCCGAAGAAGAGCACCCUGCAGAAGCACGGCAAGAUUCACACAGUGGAGAGAACCUGUACGAGGUGCGGCAAGAGCGUGACGCAGAGGCGAUCCCAUGAUGGGCAGGCCGAGGAGAAACCAUUCACUUGCACAGAGUGUGAAAAGAAAAUCAAUUACAUGAAGGAGCUGCCAUACAAAUGCACAGAGUGCGGCGACAGCUUCUUCCACAAUAGUCACCUGGUCAUUCACCGCAAGGUUCACGAAAGGGAGAAACCCUUCAGGUGCAAAGAAUGUGGGGAGGCCUUCUCUAAAAGGAAACCGCUAAAGAAACACAGGAGGCUGCACCAUGGCUGUAGCACUGAGGGGCCCGGGGGCCCCGGGAAUAUAGGGACAGCUUGUGAGGGGGGAACCCUGAUACCGGACAGAGGGGCCCGGGGGCCCCGGGAAUAUCGGGACAGCUUGUGAUGGGGGAACCCUGAUACAGGACAGAGGGGUCCGGGGGCUCCGGGAAUGCAGGGACAGCUUGUGAGGGGGGAACCCUGAUACCGGACAGAGGGGCCCGGGGGCUCUGGGAAUGCAGGGACAGCUUGUGAGGGGGGAACCCUGAUACCGGACAGAGGGGCCCGGGGGCCCCGGGAAUGCAGGGACAGCUUGUGAGGGGGGAACCCUGAUACCGGACAGAGGGGCCCGGGGGCUCUGGGAAUGCAGGGACAGCUUGUGAGGGGGGAACCCUGAUACAGGACAGAGGGGCCCGGGGGCCCCGGGAAUAUAGGGACAGCUUGUGAUGGGGGAACCCUGAUACCAGACAGAGGGGCCCGGGGGCUCUGGGAAUGCAGGGACAGCUUGUGAA